UGUACAUCAAUUAUGCAUCUCAUUCAAUGCUCUCAAAUAACAACAAUGAGAAAUCAAUGAUUACGCUUCUUUUCCCCAGAUGUCAGCCAUGCAAAUCAGUUACUCAUGAUGCAAAGUCAUCAGCGCUGUUGCUUGGCCUUGGAUGGCUGAAAUGUGGCUCUUUGGCGCCGUCUUGAGGACUUGUUCAAUAGUGACACGGCGAGGAAAUCCACGAGUGUUUCGCGGGGCGCUCUUUCCAUCUCCGACACCGUCGCCGUCACCUAUCCGACUCUGACAGUGUCCUCCACACUUUUACUCCGUCUCAUUCUCCAUCAUAACCACCAUGGGAGGAAGAUUGUCGCUUUUCACGAAACGAGCUGUGGAGAAAUCGCGCGAAAGUGCAUCCAGUCUUUGUUCGGAUAUCUUUUUAAAUAUUAACAAGUUGGCAUGUCAUCUCUGACAGCAGGGAGAGAAAGAUUGACCGCCUCCCCGAGAGGAACGCGUUUGGACCUUAAAGUGCAGCAUCACUGCGAGUCCUCCCGAGUUUACGCAAGUAUUAAAGGGGACGAUCGCGUCUCUCGUCCCGACGAGCGCCCCGCUCCAGAGUGUACGAGGGGAUUCAGGAGCGACCCGCAUCGGAACAUGUACCACCCGAGAGCAGAGGCGGUCCCGUCCUAUAGGACUCUCCCUGGUUCCGUGGGAGAGCGCAUCAUGUCCUUGAGCGACACCUUGCGCAAAAAUCGCGGUCUCGGGAGGUCCGAGAGCAAAGAUGCGUGCUGUGAAAGAUGCUCGGCCACCCUUGUUGCUCUCAAGAAACAAGCGCUCAGUCUUUCUGUGCACCAUCACUUCUCCUGUAAGGACACGAGUGACCUGUGUGCAUUUCUUCAAGACAACCUCCGUGUCCACAGCCGGUCCAGCCCAGAUUCCAGAGACAGAUGCAGGGAGCUGGGUAAAUGCGCCACCUGUGGCACAAUGCUGAGCCAGCUCAAACGCGAGGCAGUGCACUUGGCUCUGAACGGAGGUCAUCAGUUAUCCGGCGCCAGGAACGCCGCGCCGCUCGGGCAAAGCGGCACAAAACUCGGGGACAGAUCCGCCUCCCAACCACAUAGCCUGAAUCAUUGCCCUCAAAGUCCCAGGACACCUCGGAGCCCCAGAACGCCUCAGAGAACCCCGCAGACCCUCAGGCGGAGGCUCGCCAAGCCCCCCAACCAGGAUAUGGACCGUCCGGUCGAGGAGCAGCAUCGUGUGUCUCCUGAUGGGGUUGCUUUUUAUCCCCAUCAUCAGGCCUCAGACAAUGCCGUGUUAAGAUGUAGCGACGUGGUCCACGCCGGCUCCAAGAUUCCUCACCUCUCCAGAGUGGUGACCAUCGCAAACUCCGCCGCCAUGUCCUUUUUGGCCAGGGCAGCAGAGAAGCUCAACCUGACGUCGAGGAGAAAAGGCCAGGUUUCCGACGCGGCUUCUGCUCAUCUCUCCAACAGCUACAGGGACCUCAUCCAGAAAAACCCUCCUCCCGUCCCCUCCUGCCUGCUCCAAGCUGCUAUCAGAACCAAAGACUCGCCCAACGUUGGCAAGGUCAAAGUCGUGUUGCGAGUCAACCCGGCAAUGAGCGAGGGUCAACCUCAGGUUCUGCACAUCGACCCGACUAAGAAAAGAGCCAUUUUAUUAGAACCGGUGUGCCAGAGUCCCCCGCGCGCUAAGAAGACCUCCAGCAGGGACGGCAAGGAUCUUCUCAAGGCGUUCCAUUAUGACGCCGUCUAUCCUCCAGACGCCAGUCAGACUGAGGUGUGUGCAGGCGUUUUGACGGACGCCAUCCGCUGCGUGCUGAGCGGCAGCGACGGAUGCGUGCUGGGUUUGGGCUGCGCCGAUGUGGGCUCCUGGUCCAGCAUGGUCGGCAAUGCCGAGAGCAUCCAGAAGCUCGGGCUGAUUCCGUGCGCCAUCUCCUGGCUGUACAGCGCCAUCGAGAAGCGGCGGGAGAAGACCUGGACGGAUCUGACCGUAUCCGUAUCUGCCGUGGAACUCUGCUGCGGAGAGGAGGACACACUGAGAGAUCUCCUGGGGGAGGUCGUCCCUCCUUUAGGCGGCGUGCAGGACAGCCCGAGAGCUCACAUUCGGCUCCAGGAGGACCCCGUCCAUGGCAUUCAGCUCCGGAACCACAAUCGGGUGAAAGCCCCGACUGCUGAGCGUGCCGCCUCCCUCCUGGACGUGGCCAUCGCGGCACGCCGGCACAAUGACUUCACCACGUUCUUGUCCCACAGCUCCAUCAUGUUCUUCACUCUGCACGUGCAACCCCCUCGCACGCAAGAAAGCGGCACCGUCGGGAAAGGUGCACGGGGCCCAACCAAGUUGACCAUGAUUGAUGUCUGCAGUGGCAUGAGGGGCGGGGUUGGAUAUAUCAGAAAUAAACUUCCGCAUUCAGACCUGGGCCCUGUUGUUUUGUCACUACUAAGUGGACAUAAAACCAUCCCCAAAAAGGGAAGUAAAUUAACCAUGCUUCUCCGGGAGUCCUUGAGUCACGCAAACUGCCACACCGCAGUCGUCGCUCAGGUUGCCAAUUCACUGGCGCAGCUACACGAAACCACCUCCGUCAUCCAGCUGGCCUCUCGCAUCCGCAGGACGCAGAAGAGGACGAAGCAAUCCAGCUCUUGCUCACCCAGUGGCAGGAGUUUGACUCGACAAAAAAGAGGCCCCCCUUCUUUUUCCCUGCGAGCGUUCCACUCCACAGACGAGGUUGAUGUUGACGUGCAACAUUUUCGGCUCCGCGGGGAGCUCGAUGAACGCUCCAGUAGCGACCAGUCCUGCGAUACCGUCAUCCAGAUAGACUCCGAUGGAUUGAUCCAGCCGAGAGCUCCCCCCAAAUUAGCAAAACCGGAGUUCGUGCCCAUUAUCCCCUCCUUACAUCCGUACAAGGCUGACAUGGAAGACCCGGAGUUUACCGCUUUACUCCAAGAGCUGCUGAAAAUUCCCAAGCUCCAUGGAGAGAACAAGAAAGAUGACGCUCAAGGGCAGACCGAAAUGCUGAAAGCUGAAAUGAAGAAGCCGGAGAGGGACUGUCUGAAAUGCGACACGUUUGCCGAGCUUCAGGAGCGCUUGGGCUGCAUCGACGGAGAGGAAACAAUGGAUUUGUUGAAGGCGUCCUCCCAAGGCCCUCCUAUGAACAAUGUCACGCAAAAGUCACCUUCCCAGAAAGAGACGGGCAAGCAGGCUACUGCAGAAACGGCGCCGCCGCAGACGUCGAAGCCGGGGCUCGUCUUCAGUCAGACGUCGGGUCGAGAAAAACAAACAGAUGGUGCCUUUCGUGGGGAGCAUUUUCAGAGAGAGGACUCUGGUCUUUAUGAUUGCGAGGAGUGCAGCGCAACCAGUUCCAGCGAGGAGCCGCUGAAUCAAACUCUCAAUCGGAGCACGACUUGUCGCUAUCAGUUCCCCAAAACUGGAGCAAUUCAAUCCGCUGAAACACUCGCGGAUGCCAAAGCUCAGGGCACGGCUACGAACGGUUGCGUGCAGCCCACGGGGAGGCAGGGAAGUCAAGAAGCCGCAGACUGGUUCAAAGCGGACAAAAGGACUUCACCGGUUGGAAAGAGUUUACCCGCAUCUCCCCCUUCUCCUCCCCGCACCCCUUCAAAACCUUUACCGAGCGGUUCUCUGUUUACGGACAUCGCGGCUAAUGACCCCAAAAAGGAUGCCAAGGAAAUGACGGCGACCAUCACCGUGACUGUACAACAGCCGCUCGAUUUCAGAGGUCAAGAUGAACUCGUCUUCUCAAUGGUGGAGGAGGUGACCAUCAGCGGCACGCUCGACGGUGGGAGGACGGGAGGCAACAUCAUUUGUAUCAAAGACGCCACCCGGUCAACAGCUCGCGUGCAAGGCUCUGCGGGCUCACAACCCAUCCAGAUUAUAAGCAAUAUAACGGAGGAGGACCCUGCAGCAGCAAGUCAGACCGACGUCACCCACGGCACUUUUGUUCAACCGGGAGGUGCGGCGACUGAAAAAGUACCGUAUCCUUCAAGAAGGGAAAGAUCGCUUCCUUCAUUUAUAAAUCCCAUGCUGGUAAAUGCGGAUGAACAUUGCCGUUCGGAUGACGUGAAAGAAAGACAAACAACGGGGACGGCAGCCAAAUGCCCACCAUCUGCUUCUGAGUCUCCCAUCAUAAUGUCAGACAAGAUCAGUAACCCGAGCUGCGGUCAGAUUUCCCAUGACGCAGCGAUCUCGGAAAAUGGAUCUUUUCGUAAAGACGCCGCGGAAAACAAAACGUGUGACGAGAGGAUCCGAAAUACAGACAAGAGCUACCAUGGAGACUGGGAGCGUGUUUACUCCACGGAGCCUCCAAAGGCCCUGCUGGGGGAUGACUCGGCUCGCCCGCGUGUUGGGAAUAGUCGGGUCGUCGGUGCUACUUUGGGUUGCCUGGAAACAAGUGGUGAGUCCUUGAAUACAGGCAGUCUACCUCGAAGCUGGCUCAACGCCAACCAUCACAUGGCAGACGGUUGGAGGGACCCAAGGGGGUUGACAUCAUCCACUCCGUGCAGCCCAGGGGCAACCCUCGAGAGGAGGCGAGGCGAGCCGUCUUCCCCAGCGAGCCGCAACCUGCGCAAUGGCCCUCCGCUGAAAUAUGAAACGGACUACAGGCGGGAGGUGAGGAGACCACUCAGAAGGGCUGUCGGAUCGUUGUUUGAGACCUCGAAGGUCGGGAUGAAACAUGAUCAUAUGGCCGGGAGGAUGAUGAUGUCACCCUUGGAGGAGAGCGGCAGACUUUUUCGAGCCAAAACGGAUCCGUUGACGAGCAAAUCCCUCGGGAGGAACACGUGUGACUUGCCAUCUUUUGACAGGGGGAGUGGCUACAAGGGGAUCUCCAAGAAAGGUUCUGACGGCUCCGGCAAAGGUGCUCACAAAGGGAAGAGUGUUGGGGAUUGGACAAUACCAAGAGCCAGCAAAAGCUCCAGAAAGACACGCCAGGCGAGCCACGGUCAUAGUUCCAUCCCUUCCGAAACGGAAACUCAAUCCAGGCCCGCACAUUCAAAGCUGUCCGCUGUCGGGAAACUCAAACUGGCCUGUCCCAAAGUGCGGCGCCUGUCCGCCCCCAGCAUCAAGAACCUCAGUCUCCCCCGUAAAGGCCCGCAGCAGGCCAUCAACCGCAGCACCAGCCUUUCCCCGGAAAGCAAAACGGUGAACUUUGAGAGGACGUCCUCAUUCGUCUCCUCUUCCCCUCCACCCUCCUUCCGCUCCAUCAGCCGGACGCCCAGUCAAAGCUCCACGUGCUCAUCCACAAAAUCCGCCAUUCAGGGAUUCGCCAACGGCCGCAUUUCAGACUUCCUGAAAGAAAGACCCGCCGGCCCCGCUUCAUCGGGGCCGGACCCGACGGGCUCCUUUCCUUCUCCGUACAGCCAAGUCACCUCGCCGCGGACGCCGCCUCACAUGAGCGGACACGCGAGCGACACCACGAGUGUGCUCAGUGGCGAUUUGCCGCCAGCCAUGGGGAAAACGUCGUUGUAUUUCUCAAACAGGCGCAGCACGAUGAGCAGUGGCUACGAUAGCUUGGUGAGGGACAGCGAAGCCACAGCCAGCUGCGCAUCCAACAGAGAUUCCGUAAGCGACAGGAGCGGCUCCCUCCUCAGAGAGCCUUACGGUAGCAGGUCAUCUCAGCGGAGAGGCGACGCAGGCGCUCACCCCCGUCAUGUUUCCAGCGACGCCCCCCUCGCCGCAAGACAAUCGUCUAACAGUCUGCAAUCUCGCUGGGCGGAUCACGGGAUCCCAGAGGACUACGACAUCAGAGUAUACCAGAUUGACAACGUGCAACCGGUGCAGAAAAAAGCAAUUCGCGUGCUUCAGCGGCAAGCAACGGUGUUUGGAGCUCACGCGGGCGAUCAGAGACGUCAGAGUCCAGUUCCGCAAAUUGAGCAAAGAUCUGGAGCAGGUCGGAUAGACUCUCGCGCAGGAGCACAGCGCGCAGAGUUAAAACGGCGACCUUUGGCGGAGUUUCGCGGUGAGUUCUCUGGAGCUCCUGGCGGACCUUGAGGAGGUGAUUGGAAGACUGCAUGGCGAUGAGAAGCCAGCGGCUCC